AUGGGACGAGAAGAUGUCGAAUUCAAAACCUGUGAUCGGGUCACUCUGAGAGGCUGGUUCUAUACUGGUGACUUGUCCACAGGCAAGUCUCCUUGCUUGGUCAUGUCCCAUGGCUUCUCCGCCCUCAAGGAAAUGGACCUCGACACGUUCGCCGAAUAUUUCGUCUCCAAACUUCCCAUGACCUGUCUGGUCUAUGAUAACCGCGGGUUUGGCGCCAGUGAUCAUGCUGAAGGCGAACCCAGAUAUGAAAUCGUGCCGAUGACUCAAUGCAGCGAUAUCUCUGACGCCAUCACAUAUGCAGCCACGAGGCCAGAAGUGAAUCCCGACAAGAUCGCGAUCUGGGGGUCCUCUUACAGUGGCGGUCACGUCCUGUUUGUUGGCGCCGUGGAUCGAAGGGUCAAAGCUGUUCUCAGUCAGGUUCCAUGCGUGAGUGGAUGGGAUAACUUCAAUCGUCUUGUCCGUCCGGACUUUGCAGUGGGAUCCAAUGCAGCAUUUGCCGCAGACAGGAUCGCCAGAGCUGAGGGUAAAGAACCGGGCUAUGUUCCCGUUGUCGAUGCCAACCCUUUGCAGCCAUCGGCCCUUCCGACGCCUGAUAGUUACGAAUUCUUCUCCGCCUGGGAGAAGAAAUCGGACUGGACGAACAAAGUCACUCUCAAGACGCUGGAACUGUUCCGUUCUUAUGAGGCACAACAGCUCAUUGACAAGAUCGCGCCGACACCGCUUCUGAUGACGGUCGCGUCCGGCGAUGUGCUCACACCUGCCGACCUGGCGCUUGGAGCAUAUGCUCGCGCGAAGGAGCCUAAACAGCUGCAACUGUUGCCUUGUGGCCACUUCGAAGCAUAUUCUGGCCCUCAUUUUGAGAGGAAUGCCGGCACACAAGCCGAUUUCCUGAAGAGGUGGUUGCUGGAGGGUUGA